AUGGCCCCCGACGCCACUCCCACGAUGAAAGACGCGGACUUCUCCCAGAUGGGCAUCUACAUCGACGGCAGAACGAAGAACGAACUCGACGAGCUGCUCAGGACGAAGCCCGCCGCCGAGGUCAACGCGCGCGAUCUGUACGCGCUGUCGUGCAUGCACUACAUGGACGACGAGCCGAUGCAGAACGCGGCGGCGUUCUUCAACCUGAGCGACGCCAGCGAGGUGGCGUCGCACAAGGUGCUCGACUUCGGCGCCGGCUUCGCGGGGGACGCGAGGCUCAUCGCGGAAGAUCACCCCGCGUGCGAGGUCACGUGCGUGGAGGUUCAACCGCACAUCCACGCCGCCGCGGAGCAGCUCACGUCCAUCGUCGGCAUCGCCGACCGGUGCAAGCACCAGUGCGUGGACGUGUUCGAGGAAGCCGUGCGCGGCGCGCCGUUCGAUCACAUGCUCUCCGUGCUCGUCGUGCUCCACAUCCCCGAUCGCGACGCGCUGUGGAAAAACCUCGCGCGCGCGCUCAAGCCGGGCGGGGAGGUCUACGUGGAGGAUUACUUCGCUCGAGCGCCGCUGACCGCGGAGGACAAGCGGCAGCUCGCCGGGCCGGUCGCGUGCCCGUACUUGCCGUCCGAGGAGGAGUACAAGAAAACGCUCGAGCACGCCGGGUUCGUGGACGUGGAGUGGGAGGUCAUGAACGACCGAUGGCUGCCGUUCGUGGAGCGGCGGCUGGCGGCGUUUCGAGCGGCGGAGGCGCGCAAUCGACGCGUGCACGGCGAGGCGAUGUGCGCGGAACUGGAUCUGUUCUAUCGCACGGUGAAGGAGCUGUUCGAGCGCGGGAACUUGGGGGGCGUGCGUAUACGCGCGCGCAAGGCGAUGUGA